AUGAUGGCUAUCAUUGGAAUGUUCUUCCAAGAUGGACUCACAGGCUCAGCUUGGGGUGAUUGGGCCAACUACACAGAGUCACCUCUUCGAGCAUUUGAGAAUGAGCUAGGUGUGCAAGCGCCUGUGGGAUUUUGGGAUCCCGCCGGGUUCACAGCCGACGGAGAUGCGAAGGACUUUUACCGGCGACGAUGCAUUGAGAUCAAACACGGCCGUGUGGCCAUGCUAGCAUGUGUUGGAUACAUCGUCCAAGAGUUCGUUCGCUUUCCGGGAUUCCUCUCGCCAUCCAGUGAUUUGAAGUUUGUGGACAUCCCGAAUGGCCUUCAAGCCACCACUGUUGUCCCCGCGGUUGGUUGGUUCCAGUACACCGUGUUCUGCGGGCUUUGCGACCUGUGGUUGGCGGACCAGCGGCCCACCAAUCCUCCUGGUAAGCUCCAGACACGCCUCUUCGGUGAGGAUGCCCUGAACUACAGUUACGGCUUCUUGGGCAUUCCCGGCUACCUGGGCGGCAAGCCCAUCGAAGACGCCGACCUCAAAAAGAAGAAGUU